AUCCCCUCUAUUGUUUAUAGUCUAUGGUCUAUAUAAUCUUUCUGCUUUGAUCGACGAUGUAUAUAUAUAUAUAUAUAUAUACAUGUGUGCGUUAUCACUUAUCUUUUGUGAUGUGCAAACUAUACGAAGUAGUAUUUUAUAUAAAUUAUUAUAUAUUUUUACUGUUUUAAAAAAACUACGUAAUAAUAGUUUAGUGAUGGCUAAAAUAAAAUACGCAUGUAUUAUCACAAAAGAUGAUCCAAACAAAAGGUAUUGUAAACCAGUUGAUGUUAUCUACAAAUCUAAAAAGGAAAAAGAACAUAUAUCUCCAUCUAAUGCACAAGAUUUUGAUGAGAGUCACGUCUAUCAAGUUUAUUGGAGGUCGUGUGGAAGCAACUGUAACAUUGAAGAUAAAUGUUGCUCAUUUUACAAAGCUCAUAUUAUCAGUCUAGGAGAAUCUGAAGAUAAGACAUUAGAAGCAGCUAAUAAAAGGCAAAAAAGAUUUCGAUUAAAGAAAAAAAUUGAUACAAGCUGUGAAUCAACUGAAAGUACGGUCGAGGAGGAAGUACAAAUAUCCCAAUCGAGUAAACUUGCUACAAGUAAAGGAAAUAUUAUUAACUCCAGUAAUGUUAUCCAAAAGUACAAAAAGAGCAUUUUAUUACAAACAAGAAAGCAGCUUUGUCUCGAUGAUGCAAAUGAUGAUGAUAAAUCUACCGAUGAAGGUGUAAUAAAAAAAAGGCGCAUAUCAGAAAUGUGUGAAAACCUUAGUUUAGGUGCAAUUGGUGAUUCCACGAAAUUACUAAACAAUAAGGAGCCACGCAUCGUUUUACAAAAGAUACCAUUAAAUACAAUGCCUACUCGAAACGAUUCAAUGUCAUCUGGGUUUUCUACACUUCCAUUAAAACUGUCGAGACAGAAGUCCCUUCAACUCGAACCUUUUUCUAAAAUCAACUGCUCCUCACCUUCCUUACUUGCAAUAAAACCUAAAGCGAAGUUACAGUCUUGCUUGUCACAAAAUGUUACGCCAAAGUCACGAUCGAAUUCGAAAAUAAAGUCACGGUCUAGGUUUAAGUCACGGUUUAGGUCUAAGUCACGGUCGAGGUCUAAGUCACGGUCUAGGUAUAAGUCACGGUCGAGGUCUAAGACACGGUGUAGGACUAAGUCACGGUCUAGGUCACGGUCGAGGUCUAAGUCACGGUCGAGGUCUAAGACACGGUGUAGGACUAAGUCACGGUCUAGGUCUACGUUGCGAUCUAGGUCUAAGUCACGGUCUAAAUCUAACUCACAGUCAUUGUCUAAGUCACUGUCAAGAUUACAGUCACCGUCUAGAAUGAAAUCACGAUCAAGAUCACAGUCGCCGCCAGGAACGGAGUCGCUGUCAAGAUUACGGGCACUUUCAAAGUCACAAUCAAGAUCACAGUCGCCGUCUGGAUCGAAGUUACAAUCUAACACUAAGUCACGCUCUAGGUCUAAGUCACGUUCUAGAUCUAAGUCACGUUCAAGGUCAAUUUCAAGUAUCGUUGGUGGUGUGUCUUUCGACCUCUCAAGAUUUUCGUCAAAAUCAAGGUCUAAGUCACGUUCUAGGUCUAAGUCAAAGACAAGGUCAAAGUCAAAGUCACGUUCUAGGUCUAAGUCAAAGACAAGGUCAAAGUCAAAGUCAAGAUCUGAGUCAAAGUCAACGUCUAAGUCACGUUCUAGAUCUAAGUCAAAGUCAAGGUCAAAGUCACGUUCUAUAUCGAAGUCAAAGUCAAGGUCUAAGUCACGGUCUAGCUCAAAGUCACGGUCUAGGUCAAAGUCGAGGUCUAGGUCAAAGUCACGGUCUAGGUCUAAUUCACGGUCAAGGUCAAAAUCACGGUCUAGGACAAAAUCACGGUCUAGCUCUAAGUCACGGUCCAGGUGUAAUUCACGCUCUAGGUCUAAGUCACGAUCUAGAUCUAAGUCACGUUCAAGGUCAAUUUCAAGUAUCGUUGGUGGUGUGUCUUUCGACCUCUCAAGAUUUUCGUCAAAAUCAAGGUCUAAGUCACGUUCUAGGUCUAAGUCAAAGACAAGGUCAAAGUCAAAGUCACGUUCUAGGUCUAAGUCAAAGACAAGGUCAAAGUCAAAGUCAAGAUCUGAGUCAAAGUCAACGUCUAAGUCACGUUCUAGAUCUAAGUCAAAGUCAAGGUCAAAGUCACGUUCUAUAUCGAAGUCAAAGUCAAGGUCUAAGUCACGGUCUAGCUCAAAGUCGAGGUCUAGGUCAAAGUCACGGUCUAGGUCUAAUUCACGGUCAAGGUCAAAAUCACGGUCUAGCUCUAAGUCACGGUCUAGGACAAAAUCACGGUCUAGCUCUAAGUCACGGUCCAGGUGUAAUUCACGCUCUAGGUCUAAGUCACGAUCUACGUCUAAGUCACGGUCUACGCCUAAGUCACGGUCUACGUCUAAGUCACGGUCUAGGUCAAAGUCACGGUCUAGGUCAAAAUCACUGUGUACGUCAAAGUCACGGUCUCGUUCAAGCUCGCGGUCACGGGUAGGGUCACGAAAUAAUCCGCCAUCCCGUUCUCCUUCUCUCUCUCCCCACCGUUCUAAUGCUGGCGAUGCCCUUGAGGAUGGAAAUCGAUCUGGAUCACAAUCGCCUGUAAGACAGCAGCAUGCACAAGUACAAGUGGAGGAUGAAAAUGAUGAUGAUUUGGAUGACGAUGAAGUGGGCGAAGAAGAUGCAAACUUUCCUGUGUUACAAAGAUAUAAGCCGAAACUAUACAAACGAUACAAGAAAUAUAAUCUACUUACACCUGCAGCGACACCUGAACGAUUUGAUCGCUAUGCCAUAGUUGAAAAUAAUAAAGUGUACUUAGGACUAGGGUGCACCGCUGGAAAAUAUAGUUGGAAAUUAAGCAAAAAAAAAGGCUUGUUGGUCUUUACCAGGGAGAUGGCUAAAUAUUUGUGGAAAAAUAAAGUUGAAAAUAUUUGCUUGGACAUAACAAAAGUAAAAAAUUCCAUUCCUGGUCGAAGUCCUGUAAAAUUGUGCUCACCAAGAAAAUUGGAAUUAUAUUUAAGCUUAGUUAAAGACUACAUCAAUACAGAUGAUCGUUACAAAAAUUUGGAGGACGAAGUAAAGAGAGUAAUGAUAAGAGACAGUACACGAAGAUUAAGUAUUAACAUAAGAGACAACAGGAGAAAAAGAAUUCUUUUGAAUGAACAACGUUAGAUGAAAAUAAUACAUUACACAAUUAUACGUUAUGAAAUAAAAGUUGUUUAAUAUUUCUGCAUAUGAAA